UGUGUUUGUCUUUUUCGCAGCAGCCAUGUCAGAUACGAACUGGGGGGAAGAGCUCCACGAUGAGCUGGUUUGUCCCAUCUGCCUGGAGCCCUUUAAAGACCCAGUGAUUCUAGACUGUGGGCACAAUUACUGCCAAGCCUGUAUCACCGACUGCUGGGGGGCGUCGGGCACAGGAGUGUGCCCCCAAUGCAGGAAACCUCUCCCCGAGGCGGAGCUGAGGCCUAACAAGCAGGUGGAGGCGGUGGUGGGCAUAGCGAGACGCCUAGAAGGAGAAUGCAAGAAACAUCAAGACGAUUUGAAGCUCUACUGCAAAGAGGACCGGACCCUCAUCUGCAGGGUUUGCAGAGAGUCUCGAGAACACAGAGCUCACACAGUCCUUCCCAUUGAAGCGGCUGCAGAGGAGUUUAAGGAGCAACUUCUGAGUCAUCGGAAUCAUUUUCAGCGUGUGAGAGACGAGCGAGGGAGACGGGCAGCUGCUGAAGAAGGGAAAUGUCAAACUCUACUGAAACAGCUAGAACGCCAGAAGCAGGAGAGUUUGUCUGAAUUCAAGCAAGUGUGCCAGGUUUUGAAGCAGGGAGAGCAUCUCCUAUGUGACUGCCUGGAAGGCAUGAUACAGGACCUUGGGAAGACGAGGAAUAAAAAUACUAAGGGGCUAUUACUUCUCGAUAAUUGCAUAGCUGAGAUAAAUCAGAAGUGCCAGCAGCCGGGGAUUGAACUGCUCAAGGACAUUGGCAGCACCUUAAGCAGGUGUGAGCAGGUGAAAGGGGAAGAGGAGGCGCCUGUUGAUUCUUUGACUGAACUGGAGAGUAGUGUGUUGGCUCUCUCGGAAAGCCAGAAAGUUCUGCAUGGUCUGCUGAAGAAUUUCAGAGUGGAAUUGGCUCCAGAAUUGGGUCCUCUUGAAAACGUCUCGUCUGAGGUUCAGAGACAAGUGAGUGGUGAAGACCCAACGGAGGAUGUGCCGGACAGCCCUAAACAAGAGGACACUUCUGUUUGCCUGCUGGACUAUGAGGAUGGCAAACUCAACUCAGAUAGCUGUCAGAAGCAAGAAGUUGUCCCUCCUGACAGACAGAAUAAUUUAACUGACUUCAGAAAUGUUGAGCCAGAAGGAGACAGAGCUGCUGAAUAUUCAAUGUCUGAGCCUGUCCCAGACAUUUCAUUCCUGAAUGGCAGUGGUACCUUAAAUCCGCUUGACAAGAAACAGGUGGUACAUCGUAGGCCAGGUCACUGGUUUGACUCCAAGGUCAGGAGACGUGGUGCGUGGAAGAUCGUAGCUGCUGUCGUAGCUACAGUACUUGCGGUUCUCCUUAUCGCAGUGAUUGCUUGGUCAGUACCAAAGGCCAAUGUGACCACUCCGGACAGCCCUGCCACCUGCUGCCCUGAAAACUGGAUUGGGUACCAUGGAAAAUGUUACCUUUUCUCUGAGGAUGAAGCAGACUGGACCUCAAGCCAACAUUCCUGCUCUUCCCACAGUGCCUCCUUGGCUUGGCUUGACACCCUGCAGGAAAAGGAUUUCUUGAUGCGACACAAGGGCUACCUUGAUCCCUGGAUCAGCCUCAGGAGGGAACCGGGCCAGCCCUGGAAGUGGCCCAAUGGCUCAGUAUUCAACGACCCGGUUCAAACAGGAGAAGGAGGAGAAUGUGCCUAUAUGUUCAAAAACACCAUCAGCAGUUCAAAGUGCUACACACAGAGGAACUGGAUUUGUAGCAAACCUGAUGAAUUUGCAAAGAGAGAGAUUACUUAAGAACUAGGAACAUGCGCCAUUUUUAUUUCACUGCUUCUUGGGGUACGAAGAAGGAAGACUUUUUGUUUUUGUUUUUCCUGUUUGGUUUAUGUUCCUCACAAUAUUGGGAAAUAUGCUGUUAAAUCUUGUCUCCCCAGUGUAAAGAUGAUGCAAAUGAGAAAAGAAUCAGUCCUGCUUGUCUUGUACAUUUCUAUCCCUUAACCCACUUCUAGCAUACAAUGAAGCAAAGGACAGCGCUACCCCAUGUAACCGAGCAGUAUCAAAUCAAAAUGGGCACUUACUGGAGUGCCCCUCUCCUGCAUCAUGCAUGCCAGAGGCAGAGUGCUGGGACUGGCUUGAUCCCUCAGGAGACAAGAAGAGAUCCUGGCUCACCAAAUUACCAGACGACCCUGUCGUAUGACCCACCUCAUCCUCCAAUUCCACUUCUUUGUCCACCACUUUGUCCUUGGGGUUGAGUCCGCUGGCUGCUGUCUCCAGCCACCCCCUGCCCAAAGUACUUGUGGGCUCUCAGAGGUGGAGGUGAGGUCACUUCUGAGGAUGGUGUCCAGCUCCUUGUAGAAGUGGCAGGUCUUUGGCACAGCACCAGAGAGUUCGCCUCCCUUGCCUGCCUCAACUCCUUUAUCUUUGAACGGCACAGAUGUGUGGCCCAUUCGUCAGGGCCGGCUCCAGGGUUUGGGCCGCCCCAAGCAGCCAAACAAAAAAAAAGCCACGAUCACGAUCUGCGGCGGCAAUUCGG